GAAAUCUAUGGUUGGACAUGGUAAACGUGGCACGUGAGCAGGCCAGAAGUAGCCUGGAAUGCGCUAUUGCACUGAAGACGGUGAUCAAAUCUGACUGUUUCCUUGUUCCUGGAGGAGGGGUUGUGAGGAAAGUGGAAGCCUCCAUGUCCGAUGGACCAGAAGUUAUGGCAGUGGGAGUUGGUGUUGCGUCGAAGAGAUUGGAGCCGUUUGCUGGUCAUGCAGAUGGAGGAACAAGAGGCCGUGAAGCCAUUCGCGACGAAAAUGUCAUAAAUGGAGGUACGAGCAGCAGGUGGACGAGUUUUGCUCAAAACGAUGCGGAGAUCAGACGAGGUGAAGCUGCAAUAGCGGCUUGUUCUUCGUCUAUCGCGACUGCGAAUCGGAAACCAGAAGUCGUAAAUCAGAUACGAAGAACUACCCCUUCCACUACAACGAAGACAGUCUGCGUCGACGAGCCACAAGUAUUGCUUUCUAGAAAAGAGUUUUUGGCUGUCGAAGCCUUGGCGUGGAAGGCCGUUUACGAAUUGGGUGGUGGCGGUGGCACAUCACGGAUACUACAAAGACGCGUGUUGUUGAGACGCGCGAAACGUUUAGACCCAAGCCUGAGACCAGAACGCAUUUCCCCGUAUGCUCUAGUCUACACUUUUCAUGCGAUAAGCCACUUUCAAAAUUAUCUGCUGGUGCCGCAGGAUAAGCUGACAUUUCUUGCGGAAGAGAGCGGUAGUGUUGUUGAAGAUAAGGCUGAGCCCGAAGGCAGAAAUAUCGCGAAAGCGAACGACACGAUAUCUGCCUCCGCGUCAAAUUGUAUGGAAGGCGAGGACGGAAAAACAGGAGGUGGAGUGCCGUCUUCAAAGGUUGUUGUGCGAUCAACCGAUGACGAACGACGUGAAAUCCAAGGAACACCAGCAUCAAUAUCAUCAAAGCAUAUUUAUUUCGGUCGAGAAGGACGAGGAGGAGUGUCAUCCUCAUCCUCACCACAACAAAGUAUAGUUCUUCGUGGAGGCCCUAUGCUUCUGCAGGUGUGUAAAAAGGCACAGCACGAAGUGUGUCGAAAGGAUUUUGUAGGCCAGAACUUCAAAUUAGCCCUUGAGCUUGCCAAUCACUUAUCCGAUCUGAUCACUGGUCCACUGGCAGAUGGUAGUCCUGCCACAUCAUCCGGUACACGUACAACAAGCGAGGAUUCUCGGACCAGUUAUAUCCCACGAGGCAAAACGAAUAGACGAAGUCCAUCGAAAACACCAGUCGGAGUUGCCUGUCGAGACCUUUUGCGGUCUGUAUUUGACAAGAUACAGGAGUAUAUGGCCCUCUGUCGACGAAGUCAUCUGCGAGGUCUAGAUGAUGUGAAGCCGUCUGAUGUGUUCUUCGCAGUGAACGCAUAUGGAAGGACACAAGCACUGUUCCAGCAACCAUCUUUGGAGCAACCUUGGCAGCGCGGAAGUGGAAGUCGCGGAGCGCCUAAUACUAGCUCGACAAGUUUCAGGGCAACCGGAGAAGUUGGUAGGGAAAGUAGAGGCGUGACCACAACUUCAACAACUUCUAUGGAAACUAGUGCAACUAAACCAGCCAGUACAAGCGAAAGUGAAAGUGAAACCUCUGAUUCUUCUUGUGGUAGCACAACAGCGGAAGCUGAAGAGAAGGAGAAGGGCGUUCUCGACGAAGAUCAGGGUACAACUCUAUUAAGCAGUAGUAACGACGUAAAUGAGAAAAAAGUACGAGAAGCAGAUGUAGGGGCAGAUCAAGCAGGCCACGAAGAACAGAAGAAUCUUCAUGAGAUGAAAGCAUCUUCAUCAGACACAGUAAACAGUUCUUCAGGUUCAGCAGGUCCAACAACAACACCCCCACUCAUUUUUGCUGGCGAACGGCGUGCAUUCGUUGAGGGUUUGAUUUUUUUCGUUCCCCUAGUUCUCCGCGAUCUAGUUCACUUCACGCAGAACCAGCUAGUUGGAAUUCUCAAUUUAAGAGCUGUGCUUGGCGAUUAGUAUUUGUCGCUGUUGAUCUCCUCGAUUGAGGUAGAGCUGUUCUUGCCUAUUACUUAGUAUUUUUCGCUGUUGAUCUCCUCGAUUGAUUAUGGUCAGCUUUUUUCCAUCAUUCUCGGCAUCUUGGUCCCCUUUUCCCUUGUAUUCUCGUGAAAUACAAGGUAAAAGGGGUCAAGAUGAGGGGACCGCGAUGCAUUCUAGCGCACGCUAAAUUGAGGCACAUAACACGUUACCUGCAGUCUCCUGUCUCUCAUUUCCACUAGUAGGAAAUUAGACCAAGAACUCUACAACUUGGCAUUAUUUAUUACGCUACAGUGUUAUACUUACUCUACAGUGAUGUUAUAGGAUGCAUAAGCACUGCUUGGCAUUUACUCUACAGUGUUAUAGGAUGCAUAUUUACUCGUCUUCGAAGAAAAGCGUAUGCGCAGAUCUCGAAAUUCCUGGAUAUCGAAAAAGCGCUAGCGCUUUGUGA